AUGUCAUAAUCAUAUUUUUCUGGUCUUUUGAGUUGGUAAAUAUACAUCAUUGAAUAGUUUAGGGUGAAAAAGCAUAAUGGAAAUAAUCAACUCGUUAUUUGUUAGAAAUCUAUCAGCCUAUUUAUCUUAAAGAUGUAUUUACAUGAUAGAUUAGUCCAGAAAUCCUAAUACAAAUUGAAUUCGAACUAAUCAAUUCAAUUCAAGGAUUCUAUUGACCAAAUAUGUGAAAUCACGGAAUGCACUUAAAAAAAUAAUUUAGAAGAAGUAAGUCAUCACUUAUAUUUUAUAGAAAUUAUUAUCUUAACUAACUUUGGUUGAUUAAGAUGAAAUAUUUGAUACUAUUUGUAUCAGAGGAGAUAUGAUUGAAAUAAUCAAUCUAUUAAGGGAUUGCUCAAAUGGUAAGGCUUUUGCAGAAUAACUCAAAAUUGUUGAAGAUAAUAAACAAUUAAAGGUUUAAGAUGCUACUUGGUUUGAUUCUACUUAACCUUAGACAUGUCUAAAUUGGAUAAUAAAUGAGUUUGAAAAGUAAGUCACACUGCUCUAUUAUAAACAUAUUAAUUUCAUUAAUCAUGAAUGCCUUUAGUAAUAUUGGAUAAACAAUGGAAAUAAUAUAAGAAAGAAGGUAUAUGAUUGUAUUUCAAAUGUCAUUAAACCAAAUCAAAACAUUAUACUCUAAUAAUAUUCCUCUUUUAUUAAAGAUCAUACAAUUAAUAUUCAAAGUAUUCUUAGUAAAUUUAAUGAUAAUCAACUUGAAACCAUUUUCUAUUUACCUAUACAUAAUACUUUGAUUUUAUAAAGUCUCUGUGAAAAAUUAGUUCUUUAAAUCAUAAGAGAAUCUUAUAAAUAAUCAAUUUUAUAAGAAUUAGAAUGUUUAACAAAGAAUAAUCAUAAUAUAUAACAUCAAUAAAUGUCAUAAUAAAAAUUAAAGAAAAAGAAGAAAUAAAAUAAGUAAAAGAAACUAAUACAUUAAGUAUUGUAGGAAAAUACACAAAUUGUUGUUUAAAAAGAGCAUGAAAAUUAGGAUGUUACUACUGAUGACAAUCAAGACACAGAGGAUUGGAUUGUGGUGACUAAGAAAAAAAAGUAGAAAUCUCUUAAUCAUUCUAAUUCAACUAAUUCUAAUAAAGAAAAAUAAUUAAAUUUAGAAUAAUAAGAACAAUAACCUUAAGUAUAAGAAAAUAGUAUAUAAAUGGAAAUUGAGGAAAUAAGUAAAAAUGAUUUAGAUUAAUAAGAAUAAAUAUAAAUGUUAAAUUAAGAGUAAAAAUAAUAAUAAUUAGAUUAAUAAAAAUAAUAGUAAUUAGAUUAAUAAUAGUAAUUAGUUUAAUAAUAAUAAUAAGAAUAAUAAUAAUAAUAAAAUUAAUAAUAAGAAUAAGAAUAAAUUAUUAGUACUCCAGAAAAGAAAAAAUUAAUUAGGAAAAAUCUAGUCUUACCUAAAACAAUUGAAUUAAUUUAAGAUCCCAUAGAUGAAAAUCUUAUGAAUCAAGCUUUUUAAUAAAUGAUAAAAAAAUUAGAUCUUGAUAUUAAAGAAUUUAUUGAUUAAAUUAGAAGAGACAAUGAUUAGCAAUUUCCAAUUAGAUAGUUAAUCUUUAAUAGAAUUCAAUUCAUAAUUUAAUUAUUAUUUAAGGAUGCUGGAGUGUGUCUUUUUGGAUCAUGUGCCACAAGAUUGGCUCUUCCUGAUAGUGAUAUUGAUAUAGGUAUUACUGGUCUGGAAACACAUUAAUUAAACUAAAAGAUGGAUAUCAUUAUAGAGUUCUUAUCUAAAAUGAAUUGGGUCAAACGCAUUAAGUAAAUCAUUUUAUUAAGUUAGACAAAUCUAUCCUACUUAAACAACUUUGCCUCUCAUUAAGUUAUGGGUGGAUCCCAGUAUCCCAUUUAGGAAUGGGAAUAUGAAUUUACCUCCUAUAGAUCUUGUAUGCCAAUCCCAGUUGAUUUAAGUAGAUAUCAGUUUCUUUGGACACAUUAAGCAUUAAGGAUUGAUAUCAACAGAACUUACUUGUUAUUGGCUUUAAGAAUAUUAAGAAUUAAAAACUCUUACACUUUUAUUUAAAAGUUUACUAAAAAAGAGAGGAUUAAAUGAUUAAUCUAAAGGUGGAAUUUCAUCGUUCUGUUUAGUACUAAUAGUUGUGUCCUUUCUGGAGUACUAUUAUUAAUAAAACGCUGGAUUCCAUUCAAUUGGAUUGGCAACAUACAAAUUUCUAGAAUUUUAUGGAACCAAAUUCAAUCCUCAUUCUAUGGGAAUCUUUUAUAAAGGAUUUGAUUAGAAGUAUUAAUUUAAUAAAUUAAUAAUAGUCCAUUUUUUUAUUUUGAAAAAGAGGACUUCUAAUUGACAAUAAUUAGUCCUAUUACUUAUGAUAUAAUUAGUCAGAAUAGUUCAUUUGUUUAGACUAUACUUUAAGAUAUCAAUGGAUUAUUCAAUGCAUGUGAAAAUGAAACUAAGUUCUUCUAUGAUAAGGUUAAAUUUAACAAGAAGAAGAAAGGAAAGAAGGAGGAACGAAAUUUGUUUUAUAAGGAAUUUGCAAAACUAACACCACUAUUUAGUACUUGA